AUGCAAGGGGGUGAUUAUGAUGAGGGAUUUGAAGACUUUGAGGGGUAUGAAGAUGAUGGGUAUGGUUAUGGAGAUUAUGGUGAUCAAGGGGACUUUGGGUAUGUUCAGAAUCAAUCGCAAGGGAUGGCGAGUGUUGGUGGAAUGCAACAUCAACAACUUAUACCACAACAUAUUCGGCCAAGACCACAAGGGCCACCAAUGCCACAACCGAUUCCAUUGCAACAGGUCCGGCCACAACAUGUACACCAACAACCAUUUCAAAGACCGCCUCAGCGCCCACCGAUGCGACCACAACAGUUUCAACAACCGAUCGCACCACAAGGGCAAGUACCAAGACCGAAUGGGCCGAUUAUUCCGAGAGUUGUUGAAACUGUUGUGGUCGCAUCGGUGGGCGCUGAGGCGGUCUUUGAAAUGGUUGUUGGUGUACAUGUUGUGGCCGGACCUGUUGCAAUGGAAUCGGUUGUGGCAUUGGUGGCCCUUGUGGUCUUGGCCGAAUAUGUUGUGGUAUAA